CAAAGCAUAGAUUAAGAUUUGUUAACAAAGUGGGUGGUAUAUAUAACGGCGCGUUUGACGCUGACGGAUAGUAUGAAUCACAACUUGAUAGAAUAAAGUAACGUUCGCAAUGUCUCGCGCUAUUUUUGUCUUGCUCGUAGUGGUCGGAGUGUUUCUCAGCACAACUGCUGCUCAAAGUUCAUGCCCAGAAAAUCAGGAAUGGACGACUUGCGGAUCAGCAUGUCCACCAAAGUGCAACUCAGAGCCUAACAGACCUUGCACUAUGCAAUGCAUUGUAGGAUGCCAAUGCAAAGAAGGAUUUCUGCUUAAUGAUUCAGGAAAAUGCGUAUCUUUUGCACAGUGUUAAAAAUUAAUCAAUAUACAUAUAUAUAUCUGUUAAAAUAUUGAUCAAAUUUUGUUUCAAUACUUUGAGAUAGUGUGCAUUAAAACUGGCUAAAAAUAAAAAAAAUUGUGAAAAUUAUAUAAA